AUGGGGGGAGGGAUUGUGAAGAAUGAAACGACUUUUAUGAGAACUGACUUUUUGGCCCGAGACAUUUUCGAACCGUUCGAGAGUCUGAGAAAGGAGGUGAAGGUUGCGGAUCAUCAAGAAUGGGCGUGGAGUAGGAGAGGGGUCAAGAUCGAAAAGCUUCUCCGCUUCGGAGGCUUCAGACUGGGCUUGGACGACGCGAGCAAAGAUGUUCCCAAAGGUGUUCCUGUUCCAGGCUUUAAGCGUACGCUUAAGCCUGGCGAGCUUAUGAAGAAGCUUGUUGAGGCCAGAAGAAGGGGAUGGGAUGGACCAAGAGUCUUUGACUACCUGGAGGAAAAGACGAGUGUGUUCUCCAUAGACGAUAGAAAGCAUGAAGGGAGUGGGGGAAAGAGGAGAAGAAACUUUCACGUGGAGGAGUUGACGAGAGGAGUGAAGAAUUUGAAUUUGGCAAUUAUGGUCACAGAAGAGCCAAAUGUGAUUGCUGGUAUUUUGGACGACUUGAUGGAGAUUGAAUAA